GUUUUUUCCUAGAAUGGAAGGUGGAUUGUGGCUGGAAAAUUCUGAAUAGACUGACUUCAAGUUGUCGAGUUGUUUUUUCUGGCAGAUCGGGAGUAUGCUGAGAACGGUAAAACCACGCAAUGCUAGGUCAAAGCGGGCUUUGGAGGCUCGUGAAGCCAAGGAGGUCGAAGAUGUUCGGACAGCGAUAUUCGUAAAGGGAACUCAUACAGGGGAGAUACUGAACGGUGUGAUGAAAGAGCUGAUGGCACUCAAACGACCAGACGCAAUAUCGUUCUCGAAGAAAAACACCGUUCACCCCUUUGAGGAUGCUUCGUCCCUUGAAUUUUGGGCGGGCAAAAAUGAUGCGUCCAUGUUCCUCGUGGGCCAGUCUACGAAAAAGAGACCUGCAGGUCUUAUUAUUGCACGUACAUUCGACUCGAGACUACUGGAUAUGUGCGAACUUGGAGUAGACAAAUUCAUCAGCAUGGCAGAGUUCAAAACACCAAAAUCAACACCGGGACAUAAGCCCAUGAUGCAUUUCGCAUCAGAACUAUUCGACACCCACCCACGAUUUAUUCAAGUAAAAUCAUUGCUUAUGGACUUCUUCAAUGGAGAAGUCAUCGAUUCCAUAUGUUUACCAGGGUUGGAGCAUGUAAUCAGCGUUAGCAUCGCACCUGCUCCCUCACUACAAACGGCAAAUCCUAUUCUAGGCGACUCCCAGGAAGAGGAUGUCCAAAAUCUACCCAAGAUCCAUAUACGGACGUACACCGUGAAGCUACUUCCGUCGGGAACGCGUAUACCACGUGUCGAGCUGACGGAGAUGGGCCCCUUCCUUGACCUAUCACUGAGACGUCAUCAAGCCGCUGAUCCAGAAAUGUGGAAGGCUGCUAUGAGACGACCAAAGUUGAAGAAGCAAGACUUGGAAAAGGGUCUUGGAAAGAAAAAGAAAAAUUUGGAAGUGGACGAAAUGGGCGACUUGAGGGGACGGGUGCACAUCGCGAAGCAGGAUCUCAACAAACUCCAAACGCGGAAGAUGAAAGGCUUAAAGGGUAUGCUGGUGGAACAGGAUGGGAGUUCAGAAGAGAGCGAGCAGGAGGACGACCCUCGACAGAAAAAGCGAAAGCGGGAUUAAGGGUGAUUGUAUUCAUAGUCCAUGUCCGCCGUGGGGUUAUUCUUUAAUGGACGCGGGCAGCUGGGCAGAACAUGGCCUUAUGGCAUCUACCUUCCCACUUAAAGCCGUGCCCGCUCCGCUUAUUACAUAAGGAUUUGAACAACAAAGGCGUGGUAGC